AUGGCUACCAAAACCCUUUUCGCUCUUCUCCUCGCCGGAGGUGCCAUCGCAAAGUCGGCGUGCCCAGUGGUCAACUGCACCGACGUCUCGGCUCUAUCCGAUUACUCGACCCUCCGCCUCCGAGAGGUCGGAGCCCGGAACACUCUUGACUGGAGAAUCUGGCUCCUCCGCGAUGGGAAGCCCAUCUCCUUCUGGCAUGACGUGCCAUUGUACCCCGAUGAGUCUAACCAUCAGGUUGUCAACAUGGUGGUUGAGAUUCCUCGUUGGACCAACGGAAAGAUUGAGAUUAAGAGGACUGAGCCCUUGAAUCCCAUCUUCCAUGACGAGAAGAAGAGCCUGCCUCGAUUUGUGGAAAACGUGUGGCCUCACAAGAGCUACCCGUUCCUCUAUGGGUCUAUUCCCCAAACCUGGGAGAGUCCCAACUUUAAGCACAACUUCACCAACUUCGAGGGCGAUAACGAUCCCGUUGACAUCAUUGACAUUGGCUCCGACCCUGGAUAUGUUGGCCAGGUCAAGCAAGUCAAGGUUCUCGGUGGCCUCGCAUUGGCCGAUGGUGAGGAGACAGACUGGAAGAUCAUUGCUGUUGAUGUCAACGACCCUCUCGCCGCCCUCGUCAGUUCCGUCGAGGAUCUUGAGAAGCACCGACCAGGCCUCGCCCAGACCUACCGCGACUGGUUUACCUACUACAAGGUGGCUCGCGGUGAUGGUGUCAUCCCCAUCGUUGGUGAUACAUGGCAGAAUGCCGACUUCGUCGUCAACGUCCUCGAGGAGAGCCAUGGAUUCUGGCAGGACCUCGUUGCCGGAAAGGUCGACACCGGUGAGAUAAACUACAACCAGACUUCGGACGCAUCUUUGGAGAGCUUCAUCUCCCGCUGUGAGGCUGUCGACGAGCUCAGCAUCCCCAAGAAGAAUGCCAAGAAGCCGGCUGCUGCAAUCCCCGAGAAGUACAGCUGGUGGUACUACCUUGACGCGGACUACAAGCUCAUUGAGCUUCCCAGCAGCUCCUAA